AUGCGCCUCAUUGCCGCCCUCACCACCCUCCUAGCCCUCGCCUACGCCGCUCCAUCAAUGGAGCUGGAGAAGGCCUCUCUUGACAAGAGACAGCAGGGCGAGAACUGCAUUGAAGUCUUUUUCCCCGACAGCUGCUCGUCCCGUGGGUUGGUGGAAUGUGAUGGAGCCGGCUCGAUCCGGAUUUGCUGCACUCGUUGCUACUAG